AAUAAGGUCCGGGAGAAGUGUCACUAGCCUUGAGCGGGACCCCAUAGCCCGUUGUCUCCGCGCCCGCGGCCUGUCCCCGCCGCCUGGCGGGCUAGGGCAGGGGAAAUGUGGCAGGAGGAGUCGGAUCUGUCUCUCAGUAUCGCUCAGAUAGUCCAAAAACUCAAGGGCUCCAGUUUGUACUCUCAGCUGGAACGUCAGGCCUGGGCCAGUCUUCAGAGAACUGAUAUUAAACUUGAAUCUCUAAAAGAAGAUAUCAAGAGAUUCUUUAAAACAUCAGGUUGGGAGAAGAAACUUCAGAAUGCUGUUUAUAGUGAACUGAGUGUGUUUCCUCUACCUAGUCACCCUGCAGUACCUCCGGAACAUCUUAAAGAGCCUUUGGUAUACAUGAGGAAAGCACAGGGAAGUUGGGAAAAAAGGAUUUUGAAGAGUUUAAAUAGUAUGUGCACUGAACUGAGUAUCCCAUUGGCACGAAAGAGGCCAGUUGGAGAACAGAAAGAACUUCUCAAUAAAUGGAAUGAAAUGGGAACUGAUGAACCAGAUUUAAGCCAUUUCAGACCCGUUUAUGCACCUAAGGAUUUUCUUGAGGUAUUAAUUAAUCUUCGCAACCCAAAUUAUGAAAAUGGUGAUUCUCCUAGUUUCAGGACUCAUUUGGGUUUAAUCCAAAUUCCUCUGAAAGUAAAAGACAUCCCUGAAUUGAAAGAAUUAUUUGUAGAACUCGGCUUAACUACAGGACAACUAGGUAUAGAUGAUUCUACACAAGUGCCUCCUGAACUUUUUGAAAAUGAGCAUGUACGUAUUGGGCAAAAAGUUCUAGCAGAACAAGAUAGUGCUGCUGCUCAACAGUAUGUCAGACAAGGAAGCCCCACAGCACUGAGAGCUGAAUUAUGGGCUCUCAUUUUGAAUAUUUCCAGUCAACCUGAGGAUAUCUUGUAUUAUGAACAGCUUAAGACCAAUGUGAUACAACAUGACCUUUUGGUGGACAGUCUAAUUUAUAAAGAUGUGAAGUUGACGGCAAGCAAUGAUGAUUAUUAUUUUGUAUUUGAAGAUUAUUUAUAUCAGGUUUUACUUUGUUUUUCCCGGGAUACGUCUGUGUUGGGUCACUUUGCAUACAACAGUGCUUCACCACCAAGAUCAUACAUAAGAGGAAAACUAGGAAUAGAAGAAUAUGCUGUCUUUUACCCACCAAAUGGUGUAAUUCCUUUUCAUGGAUUUUCAAUGUAUGUUGCACCACUUUGUUUUCUAUACAAUGAACCUUCCAAAUUGUAUCAGAUAUUCCGUGAGAUGUAUGUGCGUUUUUUCUUCAGACUUCAUUCCAUCUCUUCUCAUCCUUCUGGUAUUGUGUCACUCUGUUUGCUAUUUGAGACUCUUCUUCAAACUUACCUCCCCCAACUCUUUUAUCAUCUACGAGAAAUUGGGGCUCAACCACUUCGAAUAUCAUUUAAAUGGAUGGUUCGAGCUUUCUCUGGAUACUUAGCUACAGAUCAACUCUUGCUUUUGUGGGAUAGAAUCCUAGGAUACAACUCUCUAGAAAUUCUUGCUGUCCUGGCAGCUGCCGUGUUUGCCUUCCGAGCAGUCAACCUGAUGGAGGUGACAUCACUGGCUGCAGCUGAAGCAGUUCUUGCUGACCUUUCUACUUUAAAAGUUAUGCCUCUUCUUCAGAUUUUUUUGUUUGCUACUGUCACCUGAUCUUCUUCAAGGUCACUGACAACACAUAAAGUUUUUCAUUAGAAGCUAAUCAUGAACUAUGCAAACUGCAUAAAACCAAAAUCCACUUCGUAUAUAAGCCAAUAAAGAUCAUGUUCCCUCCUCGGUUAAACAAACCUAAGUCAUUUUUUGCUUUUUUAAAAAAGAACUCAGCACACCAAAUAUUGCACUGCAUGCUGCUGAUUUUCAAGAGAGAAGCAAUAGACUGAACUUCUGGCGACUUGAGCGUCCUAUAGAUACAAUCCUGACCUGUAAAAAGCAUGCAACAACAUAUGCAAUAAGAACUAAAGAUGCUGUAAUAAACUUGAAGAGGUAAUGCAGCCUCUGGGACAAUUCUCUUAUGUCAGUUUGUAAAUUUAUCUCUAGAUAAUGUAUUGUUUUAUCUUAUAAAUUGCUCUUCACUAAAACCAGGGGUGGGGUAGGAUGUGGGAAGACUUGAAAAAGAUAACGCUUUUAAGUAGAAAUUCACAUGUGCUUUGGUGUUUUUAACAAUGUUUCUUUCCCCAGAGAUUUUCUAGAUCUCUCUCCACUUUAUUUCUCACUUAAUGUUUUGUACUAGGGGAGGUCAAAUACAGUUGUGUCCACCUGCCA